AUGUCCAAGCUCGACUCGCAAUUAAGCCUUGCUCGUGAUGGCUUCGUCGACCGCUACUCCUGUUUCAUUGUGAAGUAUUCACAGACAAAUGCGCAGCUCAGCAUCAUGACAGCGUUCCGAGCUGCGUCCAUCCUGGCGCUCGCGGCCUUGUUCGCUGUAGUCGAGAACAAAUUUGUCAUGCUCCCGCACUCACCCCCGCCUUUCGUGGGCUUCAACGCCAGCCCCGCCGCCACGGCUGUGGACGAGUAUGACAAUUCGGGCGGCUGCGGCUGGACGAAGCGCCUCAACAUGACGGCCAACGUGUCUUCGCACAGAGGCUACGAUGGCGGACGCGCUACGAGUCAGACCCUCGAGUUGCUACCUCCUCCCGAGCCCGAAAAUGGUGCAGUACUGGACCCCGAGAUUGGGGACUGGACGGUCGGCGAAGGGAACAAUGCAGACGGCUCGUGCGACGGAAUACUGCCCAAGGAGUGUAUCGAAAACAUACGCGCCAACUACCGCUCAGCCAUGUCUUUUGUCAUCGGCGAUGAGGGUCGGAAAGGAGGCCUGCAGGCCUCGGAUGGCCCAAUAUAA